UCAUCUGGUUAUCAAAUAUAUAUUACCAUGCAAACUCGUGGUUAUGAUACAGGCAAAGGAUUUAUGUUGAAAUAUAAACAAGGAUGUUCCAUUGAAUUUGUUGCUAGCCAAGGAGAAAUUUCUACUCCUGGUUUCAUCAACUCAAAAUAUCCAAACAACGUCAAAUGUGAUUACAUCAUAAAAGAAACAAAUGGUCAACCAAUGACCUUAUCAUUUGAUGAGUUUACAACUAAAGCUGAAGACACGUUAAAGGUAUAUAGAGGAAUGAAUGAAUCUGGAAUUUUAGUAGACACAUUCAAAGGUGAUGUUGUACCAAGUAACAUCUUGGCAGCAAAUGGCAUGUUAUUUUUGAAAUUUGAAGCUGAUGGAACUGGAACCGAGAAGGGUUUUCGCGCCACCUUUUCAGUCGAUUGUCCUGCACCAGAUUUUAAUGAAAAUACCAUUACUGACCCUAUCAACCCAUCUAACAGCCCAGAUAGUCGUAUAAUGGUUUCCUGUAAAACUGGCUACCAUUUCGCAGCAGAAGAAUUUCGUGAUACAGCUGUAACAGAUAGAUUUGUCAGUAAAACAUCAGUAACUAUGGUUUGCAGUAAAGGUGGAAAAUGGAGCACUCUCAGAAUCCCAAUGUGUGAACCUCUGUACUGUGGUCAAGCACCAUCAAUUAGCAGUGGUUAUAUCUCCAGUGCCACUGGAGCUACUGUAGGUCAUAAUGUCACCUAUGCCUGCUAUAAUGGUUAUAAUUUUGCUAACCCGAACACAGCCACGAUUUCAUGUAAAGUAGAUGGAACAUGGGAAUCGGCACCAAUUUGUCAAGGAGCAACAUGUCCUUCAUUGCCAUCAACAUCAAAUUUUGUGCAGAGAAGUCAAACCGGUACAAAUAGCAAUAAUUUUGGAGCUAUCUACACAUAUGGGUGCCUUGAUGGAUAUGAUUUGAUUGGAUCACCAAUUAUAUUUUGUCAGUCUAAUGGAACUUGGACACAUGGACAACCUACCUGCAGAUGUAAGUUUUAAAAACUGAAUACAUUCGGAAACCAUCGGUCCUAAUUUAACAUGUUCUGCUCUAUUUGUACCACUCUGUAAAAGUAUGGGGGUUGGAUG